AUGUGUUACCCUCCAUUUACCAGUGCGGCAGCAGACAGAAAAGUUACAGCAACCAACACCUGUGGUGAAAAAGGAAGACAGAAAUACUGCAUACAUAUGUCAAACUCCGGAAUGGCUAGUAGAUGUCAGUACUGCGAUUCACGGAACCCAGAUGAAAGUCAUCCGCCGGAACAUAUGACAGAUAAAAAUCCUAAUAACUGGUGGCAGUCAGAAACAAUGGCGGAUAACAAACUACUACACUUCAGAGACUCUGUUAACCUCACAGUAGAUCUUGGCACACAAUUUCAUGUGAAUUAUGUUUACCUACAGUUCAAAUCACCACGUCCACAUGCAAUGGUUAUACACAAACGUUUCGAUGAUAAUUCAAACUGGACGCCAUGGGCAUACUUUUCAAGCAACUGUUACACAUACUUUGGUAUGACAUACAGUCAUAUACCAGUAUUCAAUAGACCCGACGAACUGGUUUGCUAUGAGGAGUAUUCAACACUGCAACCACUGUAUGAAGGCGAAGUAAUCUUUUCUGUUAUAAAUGGGCGACCGAAUUAUGAUAAAUUUUUCACUGAUAUUGAAUUACAGCGCUGGAGUACUGCUAGUCAAAUUCUUAUAGAAUUAAAGAAAAUGCAUACAUUUGGAGACGAACGUGGAGCUGAAAGAGAUACUCUACUGACUUAUUACUUCGCUGUACAAAAACUGACUGUCGGAGGAAGAUGCCUUUGUCAUGGACAUGGCAAUGAGUGCAGAAAAAGCUCUGGACCAGGACAAAAGGAGCGGUUGGUAUGUGUCUGUGAUCCAGCUCAUCAUACUUCUGGUGAUAAUUGUGAACAAUGCAGUGCAGGUUAUCAAGAUCAGCCCUGGCAGCCAGCUACACCGAAAAAUGCAAAUCCGUGUGUUGCCUGUAAGUGUAAUGGAAAUGCGCACAUAUGUGAAUUCGAUAUGAAUUAUACAGAAGUACUGGUUCAGGAAGUCGGUCAUUAUCCUAAUCCUAAACAACCAACAUCUUGUUUACCAUGCUCAUGUGAUCCAGUGGGUACUGAGGAUGGUCAAACUGAUUGCAAUGCACAAGGUCAAUGCAUAUGUAAACCUGGUGUUGGUGGUAGACGCUGUGAUCGUUGUUUAGAAGAUCAUUUUGGUUUCAGUGCCGGUGGUUGUCAGCCGUGUAGCUGUAAUGAAGGUGGAAGUUAUGAAAAUCGUCCAGCAUGUGAUUCACAAAGUGGUCAAUGUAUUUGUAAACAGAAUGUGGCUGGUAAACAAUGCGAUAAAUGCAAAAUUGGUCAUUAUGGUUACAUGUCCAAUGAUCCGUUGGGAUGUAAACCGUGUAUAUGCUCCUUACAUUCGUCAGAAUGUAAAUUAGAUGAAGCACAAUUAAGUCUGACACUUGGUAGACCAGAUGAAACAAUUGAACUCGGAAGUUUAGUGAAACCAGAUCAAGUAAUUAUCAAUUGUCCAGAAGAUGAGAAACCAUGUUCUGCAUGUUUACAAAAAGAUCGUCAACACGUUCAAAUUGGAUGCAAUGGUACAACAGAAGGUUAUCUGUCUUGUCUGUGUGAAAAGGAUCCUAACCAAUGUCCAUAUUGUCCAUCAGGUUGGCGCACGCCACAAACUGAUCCUCGUUCUGAAAUAUGUACAUGCCCUCCCCAGUACAUUGGUAGAUCAUGUGAAUAUUGCUCAGAUGGAUAUAGGCGCGAUCCACCGGGUGGUCUAGUUACUGAUCGUUGUAUAUUAUGUACCUGUAAUAAUCAUUCCAUGACCUGUGAUGCCGAAACUGGUCAGUGUGAUUGUCAACAUAAUACAGGUGGCUUAUUCUGUGAUCGAUGUGCUGAUGGUUAUUACGGUGAUUCUUUUGCUCCUGUUGGUUCACCUGAAGCUUGUAAGCCAUGUCCUUGUCCUCCAGAGGCCAAAUGUGAACAAGUUUACUGGCCUGACCGUUCAAUUAAAGUUGUCUGCAAAGAUUGUCCAGAUAACAGAUCAGGUAUUCGAUGUGAGCGUUGUGCAGAGAAUUUCUAUGGUGAUCCAGUGAAAGGGAUUCCAUGUAAACCAUGCGAUUGUUCAAAUAAUGUGGAUCCAAGAGAAUUCGGAAAUUGUGAUGGAAAAACUGGUGAAUGCCUCAAGUGUUUAUUUGGCACGACUGGACGACACUGUGAAAAAUGUUUACCGGGUUAUCGUCGUAAUUUGAAACCGCUGAAUGAAACUGAUUUAGUUGAUUUAGUUCCUGCGCGUGGUUGUAGUCCGUGUGAAUGUAAUCCAAUCGGAACUUUAGCUAAUUAUGGUCCUGAAGGAGUUGGUGUUUGUAAUCCUGAAACUGGUCAAUGUCCAUGUAAACCUGGUGUGGGUGGAUUAAAUUGUGAUAAAUGUUAUGAUGGAUUUUAUGGUUUUCAUACUGGACAAGGUUGUCAACCGUGUGAUUGUAAUUCUGUAGGUGCGGUAAAAGAAUCGUGUGAUGAUCGCACGGGUCAGUGUGAAUGUCGACCUAAUGUGAUUGGACGUCAGUGUGAUAAAUGUCAAUCAGCGCAUUUUAAUAUGACUAGUAUAGAAGGCUGUCAAGCGUGUAAUUGUCAAACAUAUGGUGCUGAAAGUAAUCAAUGUGAUAAGUAUGGUCAGUGUAUUUGUAAACCAUUCGCUGUUGGCCCAAAAUGUGACCAGUGUCAGGAGAAUCAUUAUAAUUUGCAAGCUGGUUGUUUACCCUGUCCAGCAUGUUACAAUUUGGUUCAGGCAAGAGUUGCUAAACUAUGGGGAAUGUUAGAAUCUGUAUUUGGACCAAUUAAACCGGCAGCUUCGACAGGAGCAGAAAUAGGUUUAGCACCGACAUCGUUAGAUGACAAGGAAUUAUUUGAAGAAAUCAAACACAUUUUACGUUAUGGAGCUGAUAAUUCAAUUGUGAAUGAUCAACAAUUUAAAAAGAUAUUAGAAAAUAUCGCCAGUCAAAUUGAUAUGAUUGAUAAUGAAUUAAAAGAGUUGGCUAGUAAACCAUUAAUGUGUAUACAAAAUGGAUAUUAUGAAAAUCUUGAACGGUUACAAAUGGCUGUUAGUGAAAUACUACCAAGACUGUUAACUGAUGAGGCUCAAGCUGUACUGGAAAACUUACGUCAAACAACUGAACUAUAUGAAUCAGAUCAAACUUUGACAAAACACGCCAAUGAAGCUAGUGAAUUAGCUAAAAACUACCCAUCUACUCAAAUGAAAUAUUCGAUGGGCUUAAAAUGAGUCAUGGUUUUCGAGUCCAUUGAUAGCAUUUUGAUAAAUGGAACAUUUUCAAAGCGAUAUAGAUAUGAAGCAGAUAGAGUUAUCAAUACUUAAAAGGAAACAAAAGCCAAAAAAUGCGAAUUAAUGAAAUAAUUUUUCAGCAUAUAUCUCACCAUCUGUUCACAAUACAGACAAUAUUUUUACUUAAGUAUUAUAUGCAAAUUUGUGCACUACAUGCUGA